AUGAUUGGGUCCGGCCCGUACGAAGAAGUCAAAUUCAAAAACGGUAAGCCGAAAGACCCUCUAAACAAAAUGAUUGAGGAAGUGAACCAUGCCCGGCAGAAAGUGGCUCAUCUGAUGGGUGAAGAGAGGCUCGAUAGAAAGCUACACGUCCCGAAUCCCGCGGUGGCGUCUUUGUAUUGCUUACCGAAGAUCCAUAAAAAUCCUAUCGGAAUGAGGCCAAUCUUUUCCAACAUUCGCACACCCACACAAAAAAUGGCAGCCUGGCUGGUAAAUGAAAUGAAGAAAUAUCCGGUAAAACAUGGAAAAAGCGUGAAAAAUUCUGUGGAUUUGGUGAAGCAAUUAGAAGGGUUUAAGUUGGGACGGGGAGAAAUUUUGGUCUCGUUCGAUGUCACGGCACUGUUCCCGAGCGUACCAGUCAACGAAGCUCUACAAAGCCUGCGUCGUCACUUGGAACGCAGCCGAGCUCCACCAAAUCACAUCGAAGCGUAUCUCUCCGUAGCCCAGGUGUGUAUGAACCAGAAUUUUUUCACCUUUAGAGACAGAGUUUACAGACAAACCUUUGGGCUCAGUAUGGGUAGUAAGCUUUCCCCUUUGCUAGCGGACCUCUUCAUGAGCGAUUUUGAGAACGAAGCUCAAAAGAAGAAGUUGUUCCCCAGGAUUUGGUGGCGCUACGUUGACGAUAUUUUCGCCCCAGUUAAAGAGCGAUAUUUGGAUCAAACUUUGAGCAUGCUAAACUCCCAACACAGCACAAUAAACUUUACGGUAGAGAAGGAAGUAGACGGGAGGCUCCCCUUUCUCGAUCUGUUGAUCAGCAGAAAUGAAGACAACACACUGAAAUUUGGGAUCUACCGGAAGCCUACAUCCACCGAUAGAUACAUCACAUCAGACUCCAAUCACUUCGGUGCUCAAAAGCAAGCCGCAUUCCACUCCAUGGCACACCGACUGUUUAACGUACCUAUGGCCAAAGAAGAAUUCGAAGAAGAAAAAUGA